CCUCGCGCUCUUCUUUUGCUUUCGCCGGAGUAGAGAUAUCGGCGAAGUCCUCCGUAGACAAUUGUCACCUGUUUGUGCAGCUGAAAUCGUUCUAGGUCUUCGAGAUGAAUCCGGCGAAUUUUCAGGCUCCAAAUCCUCCGUUCCACUGGGAUCCGAUGCUACCUCCGGAUCCGCCUCGUUGCGGUGUGUUUUGGAAUGCAAAGAACAUAAUCGAUCAGCUAAAACAACUCCAUGAUACGUUUAACCUUGCAAAAUCAAUUGAGAAGGAACUGGAUGCAUUGAGGACGAUCAAAGAUGCCAAAAUUUCAGUGGAAACUGUGGAACAAGUAGAGUGUUUGAGAUAUCUACAAGAUAUGGAAAUGGAUUUAGGACAGCAGGAGACACUUUCAGUGGAAGCUGCUAACUCCUUGAUGCCUACCUUAAGAACACAGCUUGAGCCUUUUAGUUUUGUUGUUAACGAGAACUGUCCAUGGGAGGAGAAAUCUGCUGCAGUCAGAUUGACUUGCAAAAUGAAGAAAUCGAAAAGGAACAAACUGUGGAAGAAACGAAAGAGACGGCGUGUUGCAGAACUGCGUGCUAAGGAGCCUGAAAGAUUUGAACACGCUGAUCAAGAGGCUGAUGAAUGGAGAGAAAAGGAAAUGGCCAAGGACAUGGCAAACAGAAAGGUCGACGAGAUGAAGGCAAUUGAGAAGAUCAAGGCAAAACGAGAGCGAAGGAGAUUAGAACCCGAGCUUGAACUAGCUCUAAUUGUUGAGGAAAUGCAAGAGUUACGUUCCCUAAGAAUCGAAAAACUGAAGAAGCAAGGGCAUUUUCUUCCGGAAGAAGAUGACAAGUUCUUCGAGAGUGUUCGUGCUGCGGUGGAGCAAGAGGAAACCCAAGCUCAGUUUCUAACCAACACAGAGAACGAAGAGAAUGUCAUAACCUCCGAGGAGGACAUUACUCUCACCACCGGUAACAAAAACAAUAAAGACACAGAUAAAGAAAGCAAUGCUGUUGCAGCUUCUUCUGAAAAGACAAUGGAAGCUCCUUACAAUGUUGGCGACAAUGUGUCCAGUUUACCGGUCGAGAUGUAUCACUACUACUACGGAAGCAAUUUCGAAAUGGGUAGACUUAUUGAGAUCAGACGAGAAUGGGAUGCAUAUCUGAGUACCAGAGGAAGCCGGAUUCCUGGAAAUUGGGUGCAGCCUUCGCCGCCAGCUAAUGAGAUUUGGGCUUCAUGUCUUGUUAAUAACUCGCAAGAAAGACCCUAGUUAGUCGCUGAUCGGAUUCUAGCUGGUUUCAGCCACCACAACACUAAGUC